CCUCUUCUCCUUCUUCUCUAUCUCGCUCGCGCUUCCCUUCCCUCUCGCUGCCUUCCCUUCCCUUCCCUUCGCUCGCUGCUAGGGUUUCGCUCCGCUCUGCUCCGCGGGGGCGGCGCUCCUGCAGAUCCGCCGGCCGGAUGAGCUGAGCGGCAACGCAACAGCCGUCGUCGUCCUCGUCGCAUGGGGUCGCAGCUCAAGCGCCCUAACAACAUCGAGCGAUCCGAUCCCCGCAACAUGUCCCCGCCGCCGCCACCGCCGCCGGCCGCCGCCGCAGCGGCGCCGCCCGGCCAGAAGCUCACCACCAACGACGCCCUCGUCUACCUCAAGGCCGUCAAGGACCAGUUCCAGGACAACCGGGCCAAGUACGAGGAGUUCCUCGAGGUCAUGCGCGACUUCAAGAGCGCCAGGAUCGACACCGCCGGCGUCAUCAUCCGGGUCAAGACCCUCUUCAAUGGCUACCCCGAACUCAUCCUCGGCUUCAACACCUUCCUGCCCAAGGGCUACGCGAUCAAGUCCCAGGACCUCGAGAAGAAGCCCGUCGAUUUCAUGGAGGCCAUCAGUUUCGUCAACAAGAUCAAGAGCCGGUUCCAGCAAGAGGACCACGUCUACAAGGCAUUCCUGGGCAUACUCAACAUGUACCGGAUGCACAACAAGUCCAUCCAAGAUGUCUACGAGGAGGUUGCGACACUGUUCCACGACCAUUCCGACUUGCUCGAGGAGUUCAAGCAUUUCUUGCCCGACACAUCAGCCGCUCCACAGGUGUUGACUGUUCCUAGAGGUGUUUCUGUCAAACAGGGCGACAGGAGCCCAAUAAUGCCUUCUGCUAGGAAUAUUCACAACAUUAAGAGAGAGAGGCCUCAUCCAUCAACUGCUGAUCGUGACAUCAGUGUUGAUCGCCCUGAUCUCGAGCAUGAUCCUGAGAGAAGGCGUAUUGAGAAGGAAAAGGGUCGUAAGAUCGACCGGGAUAGAAGAGAUUACGACAAGGAUGGGGAAUAUGAUAGUAAAGAUUUGGACGGAGGGCAACACAAGCGCAAACCUUUCCCCAAGAAGCCGGAGGGUACUUGUGCUGAGACACACCAAGGUGUAUACCCACAAGAGUUUCAUUUCUGCGAGAAAGUCAAGGAGAAGCUAGAGCCUGAAGCUUACCAGGAGUUUUUGAAAUGCCUGCACAUAUACAGCCAGGAAAUAAUUACAAGAAGUGAAUUAAAAAAUUUGGUAACCGAUAUACUUCAGCGCUAUCCAGAUCUUAUGAAUGGAUUUAGCGAGUUCUUGGAACAUUGUGAAACUAUAGAUGGCUUUCUGGAUGGAGUCGUCAAUAAAAGGCAAACACCACGAACAGUGAAGACAGUGGAAAAAGAGAGAGACAAAGGGCGUGAUGGGGAGGAUAGGGAGAGAGAUAGCGAAAAAUUGAGUGAAAAAGAACGAGAAAGGCUUGAGAAAGGGUCUGCACUCAAUUCUAAAGAAACCGCUACCCACAAAGCUGCUGCGUUCUCUAGCAAAGAGAAGUACCUAUGCAAGCCAAUAUCAGAACUUGACCUCUCAAAUUGUCAGCGGUGUACUCCUAGUUACCGACUUUUGCCUAAAAAUUACCCAAUGCCUCCUGCAAGUUGCAGAACUGACCUUGGAGUCUCUGUGCUCAAUGAUCUCUGGGUAUCGGUGACCUCAGGAAGUGAGGAUUAUUCAUUUAAACACAUGCGGAAGAACCAGUAUGAAGAAAGCUUGUUCAGAUGCGAAGAUGACAGGUUUGAGUUGGACAUGCUGUUGGAAUCUGUUAACGUGGCGAUCAAGCGUGUUGAGGAGUUGAUACAAAAGAUGCAAGACAAUUUAAUCAAACCAGACAGCCCUAUACGCAUCGAUGAACAUUUGACUUCUUUGAAUCUGAGGUGCAUAGAACGGUUAUAUGGUGACCAUGGGCUUGAUGUUAUGGAUGUUCUUCGCAAAAAUGCUAGCGUCGCAUUACCAGUUAUUUUAACCAGGCUUAAGCAAAAGCAGGAGGAAUGGUCAAGGUGCAGGUCAGAUUUUAAUAAAGUUUGGGCUGAAAUAUAUGCCAAGAAUUAUCACAAGUCCCUUGACCACCGUAGUUUCUAUUUCAAACAACAAGAUACAAAGAAUCUGAGCACAAAAGCUCUAUUGGUUGAGAUCAAAGAAAUUAACGAGAAGAAAAGGAAGGAGGACGAUGUGCUUCUCGCUAUUGCUGCUGGGAACAGGCGUCCAAUAGUUCCCAAUAUGUCAUUUGAGUAUGUAGAUCCAGAAAUUCAUGAAGAUCUUUAUCAGAUCAUCAAGUAUUCUUGUGGGGAAGUCUGCAGUUCUUCAGAUCAAGUUGACAAAGUGAUGAGAACCUGGACAACUUUUCUGGAGCCUAUUCUGGGAGUUCAACCCCGAGCACAUGGUGUUGAAGAUGGAGGUGUGGUAAAACCUAAGAGCCGAACCCCUACGUCUGGUCUUGCAAGUGUUGGGGAAAGUAACAAUGCAACCACAAAUGGUGGAGUUGCUGUUAAGCAAGCCAAUGGGGACGAGAGCAUUCCAAAGGAACAAGCUCAAUCUUCUCAUUCUUUAGUGGUGAAUGGAGUUACAGAAGAUGAUCAAAAUGGUUUCCAUGAUGCUGAUCGAAGUGUUCACCGAGGCGAGGGGCCAUCUAACACUUCAUUACAUGGUAGAGCGCAAAAUACUGAUGAGAUGCUGGCAGUAACUGCACAAAACAUCUCCACUGAAAGAUCAGUAGAGAACACUCACCUUUCUCGCACCGAACAGAAUCAGCGUAGAACAAAUAUGGACCUUACAUCAGGUACUAACUCUUCUAGAAGUAAUUUCGCCGGAGGUGAGGUUGCGGUUGAAGCUAUGGGUGGCAGUGAAACAAUUCCCUCUAUUGGGAGAGGAGAAACUGGGAGGCCAGGAUCUUUGAGCAGGGAGGAGAAUAAAGUUUAUGCUGCAUCUCACAACAAUUCAAAGGUUGAAAGAGAAGAGGGAGAAUUAUCUCCUAAUGGGGAUUUUGAAGAGGAGAAUUUUGGGCCUCUUGGAAAUGUAGCUGUAGAUGGAGCUUCGAAACCGAAGGAAGCUCCUGCUGGCAGAUCUAGACCAGCCGAGUUUGCUGGAGAGCACGAUGCUGAUGCGGACGACGAGGGAGAGGAAAGUGCCCAGAGAUCUACAGAAGACAGUGAAAAUGCAUCUGAGGCUGGCGAGGAUGCCUCAGGUAGCGAAUCUGGUGAUGGUGAGGAGUGUUCUCGAGAAGAUCACGAGGAGGAAGAGGAUAUUGAUCCUGAUGCGAAGGCAGAAAGCGAGGGUGAGGCAGAGGGAAACACAGAGGCACAGCAUGCUGGUGGAGGAAUAUCAUUACCAUUUUCUGAACGCUUGCACAAUGCAGUUAAACCACUUGCCAAGCAUGUUCCCACUGCUUUGCAUGAUCGUGAUGAGAAGUUUUCAUGCUUGUUUUAUGGAAAUGAUUCAUUUUAUGUUCUGUUUAGGCUACACCAGAUCUUAUAUGAGAGAAUAUUAUCAGCAAAGACAAACUCUUCGACAACUGAAAAGAAGUGGAGAACUUCUAAGGAUACAAUGUCCUCGCAACAAUAUUCAAAGUUUAUUAGUGCACUUUAUGACUUGCUUGAUGGUUCUUCUGACAAUACCAAAUUUGAGGAUGACUGCCGUUCGAUCAUUGGGACUCAGUCGUAUGUUCUUUUUACAUUAGAUAAGCUGAUAUACAAAGUUGUAAAGCAGCUUCAAGCAAUAGCAUCUGAUGAAAUGGAUAACAAGAUGCUCCAGCUUUAUAUGUAUGAAAAGUCCAGGUCUCCUGGAAGGUUCUUCGAUCUAGUUUACCAUGAAAAUGCGCGUGUUCUUCUCCAUGAUGAGAGCAUAUAUCGAUUUGAACGUCGGUCAAAUCCUACAAGACUAUCUAUUCAGCUUAUGGAAUAUGGGCAUGAAAAGCCUGAAGUAACUGCAGUCUCAAUUGAUCCAAAUUUUUCUUCUUACCUUUAUGACGAGUACUUGUCGAGUAUUUCAAAUACGAAAUCAUCUGAUGAUGUCUUCCUUGUGAGGAAUAAGCGGAAGCACGGGAGCAACAAUGGUUCUCAAGCUUCCUUGGAGGUCAUGGAUGAUUUCAUGGUAACUAAUGGCCUCGAAUGCAAGAUAUCCUGCAAAUCCUCGAAGGUUUCGUAUGUCCUUGAUACGGAAGAUUUUUUGUUCCGUAUGAGAAAGAGGAGAAGAGUUUCGUCUGCACCUGACAAGGCAGAUUUUGGGAAAGCGUCUUAUGCUGUAAAAGCACAACGGUUUCAUAGGUUUCUCUCAAGGCCCUAGGGCCAUGUGGCAGAUUCUGCCAUGAUAUCUAAUCUGGAGGGGAUGCUGACGUGCUUUGACAAAUGUUGUGGGAACUGGGUCUUCCCAACCUUUUGAACAGCCUUUGGAAUAAACAGCUGGGGCUGGAGCUAGUAAAUACCAAAGCAUGUAGGCAAUCCUAAGUUACCUGGUUCUCCUCAGAAAAUGUGUAUAUAUGUAUUCCCAGAAUGUCGUCUAUUCAGGUUAAUUUUACUGGUCUCAUUAACUGAUCAUUGUUGUUGUCCAUAUGGUUUUACAUUUACUUUUUUGAAGCUAUACAGACAUCAUUUUAUCUGCCAUUGGAACGUUCCUGUAUUUGUGAGCUGCGCUAUGUUGUAGUGAAUUUUGGUAUUUAACUUUCUGCAAGUGUAUCCUGUAACAAGGGCCAGCAGAAGAACCGUCUUGGUGACACUAA